AUGGCGUCUAAAGACCAAGAGCGCGCGUCUUGGGACAGCGCGAAAGAUGCCUCCCUGGUAGAUGCCAUGACGCAGCAAGCGCAAGCAGGGAAGAGUGCUGACAGCGGCUUCAAGAAGGAAGCGUGGACCGAGGCACUAGCUGCGUUCAACACCCGUUUCGGACGAAGAUGCUCUGAAUAUGAUACGUUCGCUAAACUACAGCUGAAAGGCAUCUAUACGUCGAUCAAGGCGAUGCUGGACGGGUCAAGAUUUGGCUGGGAUGAUGAACGUCAUGUCGUGCUAGUGCAUGACUCUGUUUGGGAUGAUUAUGUCAAGAGCCAUCCAAAAGUUGUUGAUUACCGCAGGAAGGCCAUGUCAUUGUUUGACGACCUUCGUGACCUCUUUAAGGGAACAUAUGCUACCGGAGAGUAUGCAUUAGCCUCCGAAGAACCCUGCCCAGGAGACAUUGCUACAUGCCCAUCUUCUCAGCAACUAACGCAAGCACCAACAUCUUCUGGGCCUGUAGCUAUUGACGAAGCUACAAGCUCAGAUUCAGCCAUGCAACCGGAGCCUGCACCAGAACCAAUAAUUGCUGCUACCCACAAGGCAGUAAGCAGUGAAGGUGCCAAGAAAAGACGCAACGAAAGCGGGAGUGUACUAAUUGCCGAAGCAAUUAGUGAGGUUGCUACGGAAUUGCGCCAUAGAACUACUAAGAUGCGAGCUCUGUCACCAUUGCAGCGUGCCAUCAAGUUGCUGCAGAAGGACUACGCCAACGACCUACAAACGGAAAAUCUUGUUCGAGCUUUCGACGUGAUGCUGGACGAAAAAAAGGCAAGGGGAAUUUUGGUAAUGGAGGCCGGACCAGCCCGGGAUGCAUGGUUGAAUAAGCAACUUCAAAAUGCUCAGUAAGAGCUAGGCGCCAAGAGCACGAACUCAUUGCUGCAUGUUAAUUCAUUAACGCUGAAAAGCUACAUACGAA